AUGGCACAAAACGAAGAGAAGAAGAGACGUCUGAGCAGCAUCUUUGGCAAAAAGAAGGUCAACAAGAACGGAGAUGUUGUUACAGAUGUUACGCCACCCCCAGUGAUUCUCACUUGCAGCAGCUUCAAGCACGUGGACGCCCACGAUUAUGCUCACGAUUCUGCGUACGCAAGCAGUGACCCAACUGCUUCAGCGACAUCUUCCACGAACACGAACACCAUCCCGAUUGAGAACUAUGGCCAGAUCUCCGGGGUCGAUCAGGAUCGGAAUCUGGCGUUGAACAAAACCACAGGCGAUGUGGUAGACGAUGAUACCGGCGAGAUCGUUUCGACAGUUACGACAACGACAACAACCACGACCACGACCACUACGAGAGCAGGCGGGAAGAAAGAAAGUAAAGUAGAUGUCAUUACGACUCCCAGUUCCCUCUCCGCCCAGCGCCCCGACCACCACACCAGAGAGAAUAGUGGGAUAUCAGGUGUCUCCGGUGCAUCAGGUGCAUCAGGAGUAUCAGCAGAGAACGGUGUGGUAACAGGUAUAUCAGAAAUGCCAGCAGAUUCCUUCCACCUUCGACCUGAAACGAACGCCACCACCCCCGUGGCGACGACACCACCAGAACCAGUUGAGACGGGUCUUUCGGCCCCAUUCGUUCCCAUCAGAAAUCCAGGCAGGAGAUCCAGGGACUUUGAGCAUCCAUACAAGAGCAUCCCCGAGAUCGAGGAGCCAGUCAGCCCAGUCGCUUCCGUAAACGAUCGAACUCGACGUGGAAGCAUUGCUGGUGUGACAGACGCACCUCCUCCAAUUCCAGAACGACCAAAAAGUACCACCCCUGUGAUGUCCGCGACAGCAGGUCCUGAGUUCCCGGCACAACCAUAUCCCGAGAUGCCAGCGCGAACACCGCCCGAGCUGCCACCACGAGUGAGCCCAGUCAUUCCGGCACAGAUAAUCACAAGACCACGCGAGCGUAGUAUUCCACGGAAGCCUGUGGGUGGCAGCGUUACUCCUACUGCAGACUGGCCAAUGUCACCUGAGCCAACAAUGUACCCCACGCCGCCGAUGCCCCAGCCGAUUUUGUCUCACCCUACACCGUUGUCGCCCAGUCUGUCUCAACCUCCGCCAUUGACGCAUCAGACGGGUCUGUCUCAACAUCCGCCAUUGACGUAUCAGACGCAUCAGCCGGGUCUUUCUCAACAUCCGCCAUUGACGUAUCAGUCGCACCAACCGGGUCUGGCUCAACCUGUACACCCGACGCUACAGCCGAGUCUGUCCCAGAACCUCAAGGCUGCUGCUAAAGGAUUCCAUGGCAUCGGCGAGAGUCUACGCGGAACUCUUAACAAUGAAAUCGACACUCGUUUUCCCCGGAAGAAUCCUCAAAAAGCCGCGGCAGCGAAUGCAAAGAAUCAGGCUGCCCUCAAUACUGGACGUGAAGAGAUACAGGGUUUGCACUUUCGUCGUUCUUGA